AUGGGGUGCUGCCCAGGGGACUGCUUCACCUGCUGCCCUCAAGACCAAGACUGCUGUGAAGUGUGCUGCUGCCAGCCUGCCUGCUGCGGCUGCUGUGGCCCCUGCUGCAGCUCCUGCUGCGGCUGCUCCGGGUGUGGGGACUCUGGCUGUGGCGGAGGCUGCUGUGGCUCGGGCUGUGGGGGAGGCUGCGGAGGCUGUGGAGGGGGCUGCUGUGGGGGCUGCUGCGGCUCCAGCUGCUGUGGCUCCUCGGGGUGCUGUGGCCCUGUGUGCUGCCAGCCCACACCUGUAUGCGACACGAAAUGA